AGCUGAGUGAGUGACUGGAGCCCUUCACCGACCUCAGUCCCCGGCACCUCGCUUCAUCAAAGACACCGGAACGACUGCCUGUUCAUAACUUUAGCGGAAACAUAUACGCCUGGGCAUGAUGGUGCGGGGAGUGUAGUCACAGCUGGAGAAGAGGACCGGAUAAGCAAGAGUCUCAGCAGGGCACACUGUCUUCUCCUAGCUGGCAAAGAUGGGGGAGAUUGAGGAGGAGAGGGACAAUGCAGGGAAACUGUUUGAGAACUUUGUCCAGGCGUCGACCUGUAAAGGAACGCUGCAGGCCUUUAAUGUCCUGUGCAGACAGCUGGACCUGGACCCCCUGGACAACAACACCUUUUACACCAAUCUAAAGGCUAAGGUCACCUACUGGAAGGCCAAAGCACUGUGGAGUAAGCUGGACAAGAGGAUGUCCCAUAAAGAGUACAAGAAUGGCCAAGCCAGUGCUGGUACCAAGUGCCUCAUCAUCGGAGGAGGCCCCUGUGGCCUGCGGACAGCCAUUGAGCUGGCCUUGCUGGGGGCAAAAGUGGUGGUGAUUGAGAAGAGAGACUCUUUCUCCAGAAACAAUGUCCUGCACUUGUGGCCCUACACCAUCCACGACCUGCGGGGCCUAGGGGCCAAAAAGUUUUAUGGCAAAUUCUGUGCUGGUGCCAUAGACCAUAUCAGUAUUCAGCAGCUGCAGCUGAUUUUGCUGAAGGUUGCCCUGAUCGUCGCUGUAGAGUUUCACAUCAACGUGGAGUUUGUCAAGCUCCUUGAACCUCCAGAAGACCAGGAAAAUGAAGAGAUCGGCUGGAGGGCCGCAAUCCGGCCGAGUGAUCACCCUGUGGCUAACUUUGACUUUGAUGUGGUGGUGGGGGCAGAUGGGCGCAGGAAUACUCUGGAAGGUUUCAGAAGGAAGGAGUUUAGGGGAAAGCUGGCAAUUGCCAUCACGGCCAACUUCAUCAACAGGAACACCACUGCAGAGGCCAAGGUGGAGGAGAUCAGCGGCGUGGCCUUCAUCUUUAACCAGAAGUUCUUCCUUGACCUCAAAGAGGAGACAGGCAUCGAUCUGGAGAACAUUGUGUACUACAAGGACAACACGCAUUACUUUGUCAUGACUGCCAAGAAGCAAAGCCUGCUGGACAAAGGAGUAGUCAUUCAUGACUACAUCGACACCCAGAUGCUGCUGAGCAGUGAAAAUGUCAACCAGGAAGCUCUUCUGUGUUACGCCCGCGAGGCUGCUGACUUUGGCACCAACUACCAACUUCCCACGCUGGAUUUUGCCAUGAACCACUGCGGGCAGCCAGAUGUGGCUAUGUUUGACUUCACCAGCAUGUAUGCCUCUGAGAACGCCGCGCUGGUCAGGGAGAGGUUUGGGCACCAGCUGCUGGUGGCGCUGGUCGGAGAUAGUCUGCUAGAGCCCUUCUGGCCCAUGGGAACUGGGUGUGCCAGAGGCUUCCUGGCUGCCUUUGACACAGCCUGGAUGGUGAGGAGCUGGGCGCAGGGCCGCCCUGUUCUGGAGGUGCUGGCAGAAAGGGAGAGUAUUUACAGGUUGCUUCCACAGACAACGCCAGAAAACAUAACCAAAAACUUUGAGCAGUACACCGUAGACCCUGGGACUCGAUACCCCAAUCUCAACUCCUCCUGUGUCAGGCCACGCCAGGUGCAUCACUUGUACAUCACUGGAGAGCUGAAUUCAUGCUCCCUGGAGCGAGCUGCUACAAUACGUCGGCCUGUCAACCUGGCUAGACGAGAGUCAGAGAUCAGACCGGGGCGUCUGCUCACCUGGUGCCAGAAACAGACAGAGGGCUACAGGAAUGUGACAGUGACAGACCUGACGUCCUCUUGGCAAAGUGGCAUCGCGCUCUGUGCCCUCAUCCACAGGUUCAAGCCCCAGCUGAUAGAUUUCGAUUCAUUAAACGAGGAGGACUAUGCUGCAAACCUCCAGCUGGCGUUUGAUGUGGCUGAGCGAGAGUUUGGGAUCCGGCCAUUCACAUCUGGGAAGCUGUGUGCCGACCAGGAGCUGGAUAAGACCCAGAUGAUUUCCUACCUGUCCAAAUUCUAUGAGCUCUUCCGUGGCACACCUCUACCUGCCUCAGGCUCCAGAGAAGCAGAUGAAAACAGUGAAGAUUAUCCAUCAAAAGAAGGCAGAAGUAUUCAUAAUGUGCUCAAUCUUACGCUGCCAAGGAAACGGGUACCAAAGGAUGAAAAGAAGUCAGACGGUACAGACAACAUUUACAAAAGGAGGCGAAAAUUCUGCAGUUAUUUGGAGGAGGCCACUAAUCUCUCCUCCACCAACGGCUCCUCCGUGCGAGAGAGUCGGGAGCCCAAAGAAAACAAGGUCCGCUCCAUGGCUUCUCAGCUACUGGCCAAGUUUGAAGGCACACCCAGCUGCACCAUCCGCAGACAGAUUGAGUCAGAGUUUGAGAGCUGCUCCCCGCUACAUGUUCCUGACCUGACUGAGACCCCGUGUGUCAAACUCAGGCCGCCAAUCCCACCUAAACCUCCCCCCAAGCCACAGUUUCAGUCUGCAGCUUGUGUGAAAAACGCAGCCGAGCACAUAGUCCGCCUGCCACCUAAGACACUGCCCAAACCUCGAUUCCAGCCUCCACCCCAGCCCCGAUCCCAGCAGCCCUCCAGCCCAAAGCAUUCCCUUAAGAAAGUCAGGCAUGCUGAUCAAACACACGCUCAGACGCAGCCCCAGCCCCAGCCUGAGAGUGCAGACUGCCCUGGUUAUUCUCCCUCCUGCCACUCAGCAGUCGUAGUCAUGACAAGAAUGCUCCAGCGCCUCAGGGAGGUGGAUGAAAAGAUCUGUGAGCGGAAAGCUCAGACACAACAUGCUAGGGAGUUUCACAAAAAGAGCAUAAAGGAGAAAGCUGUUCACCUUUGUGGGUUGUUCUCAGGGGACAACACCUGUAUACCCAAGAGCUCCGUACGGAGGAUGUUCCCGCAGUCCGGAGACAUGUGUCAUUCAUGUGAAAGACGUGUUUAUAUGGUGGAGAAAGUCUGUGCCGAGGGGCUCUACUUCCACAGGGAAUGUUUUCGGUGUGACACUUGCAACUCUCCCCUGCGCCAGGGAGCACAUGCCUUUGACUCUGAACACGGUAAAUUGUACUGCAAACUUCAUUUUGCUCAACGCAACAAUGGGAUGAAGCUACGGAGGAAUUUCUCUGCAUGCUCUCUUCCUUCUCGAAGUCAUUCUGGAGUUGCUGUCCAGGACAAAUCUGCCACCCAGGCUGCAAACGGAGAAGCGGCCCAGCCUGGCCCCGCAGCAGGCCUGCAGAGCCAAACAGCAGCAGGUACCUUCAGCUCAUUCCUAAGGAAGCACCUGAGCUGGCCCCUGAGUGUGACUCGUGCUGUGUGUAACGCCCCCUGGCUGCUGUCGCGCCGCGUGCGUAAGACAGCACAGGCCCUUGCUGUCCACCUGAGGGACAAUGCCCAGGACUAUGCAUUCCUGUAUGAGCUAUUGAGCCUGGGCCUGCCCCUGCUACUUGUGUUGCAAGAGGUGCUGCUGCAGAUGUACACAGAGGCUGUGCCUGCCGACUCAACCCCCCUGCAGCCACUGCUGCUGUGGCUGGAGGAGAAUAUUGGCCACAGGCUCCUCUAGAGGCUCAACAGCCCCGUAUUUGUUUAUCUUUAUUCCAAAUGCCACUGGGUCUGUGGCCUAGCCUCACAUCAGCUGGUGUGUGUCUCUGUGUCUUGUCAUAUUUUGGUGGGCUACUUUGUGACUGUGCACAAGCACCUUUGAAAUGUUUACUCACUUUUACAGUGAUACUGUAUGUAGCUCUCUCUGUGUUGGAUGUAUUUCUGCGUCAGCCAAAGAAGAGACACUGUAGGUUGCCCUUGCAACUUUUCUUUUUUAAAUUAACAAUUAACAACUAAUUAAAGAACAGUGGUUGGGAAAAUUAAAUAUUGAUGCUGCGUUAAAUAGUUUUGCAGUGGGUUUUUUAAGAAAGCUGUACUUCUGGUGUUAAAAUGAAUUCUAACUGUUUUGAAACAGGUUAAAAGCAGGUCAAAUACAAUUGAAAUGCAUUUAAAGAGUAAAAUAGGCCAAAGUCAGUGCAAUCAAAACUGAGACUGCUGAAAUAACAAAUCAUAAUUGCUGUAGAAUUUAAUUAUAUAGACUGGCUUCAAAAACAGAGCAAGCAAUAAAGUCAGUUAACUCAGGUUAGGACUGAUUUUUUCAUCGUGUAAAGUGAUCUAUGAGGUCAACUUGAAGCACUUUAACCGUGGGAACUGCCUGAACCUGUGCACAGUGGAUGGCUUUGGCACAGUGUUAAAUUAAAAUCACGGCCCUGUCCCAUGCUCCGACUGAAUCCACUCCACAGGUGUUGGUUUGAGCAUGUAUGUGCUCCUUUCUUCGUUUUUACUUUUUCUUUUUUUAUAAUGUUUUAUAGUAUUACAUCAUUACCGUUAUACUCAGACCACACCAAAUGUUUACUGUUAUGUACUUUUUUGAUUACCUUGUCUUUUUUUUUUUUUUUUUUUUUUUUGUCUUUUUUAAUUGACGACUCAAACUUCCCUGAGUAUCUUGAGUUGCUGAUGCUGAGUGCUGUGGGUUUCCUGCUCAGUAUUUCUACUACAUUGCUGCCAUCUACUGUUGGCUAUCCGAAAAACCAGGAAGGCAAAAAGAAAUAAAAUCUCCCUCCUUUUUCAUCUCCACGGCAAACCAUUUACUUGGCAAUAACUGAUUUAGGAGUAGACGUGGUCCGAUUUAUUUUGUACCAAAGAGCUGGGUAGUAUGCAGUGAUGUGUUUGUGUCUGAAUGUGCUUGCCACAGUUUUAAAGCAUGGUGUUGAAGUGCAAGAUGAGCUGCAGACCUCUGUGACCGGACUCUGUCCAGUUGCUUCACAUUCAGAUACACUAUCUGAUCAUGCUAUUGAAGCACUUUACAGCUGUGGAGUAUUUUGUAUGAUCCUGAGCAUGUUUCUCAAACAGCAAGAGAGAAAAUGCUUCAUGCAAAAAUAAACUCGUUUAAAGAAACACAAGUGUUCAUAGCAUAAUAUACUUUGUAAGCAAUAAGAUAUUUGUGUUUUGUAAUUAAUAUAGCAUGUUGCAUAACUUGGAUGGAUGUUGAAUCAGUUUUUACUUGGAGCGAGCCUCAUGGACUUUUUUCAUACGGAUGAACUGAAGCUGUAUUGAACAUCUUACUGUAUACACACCUGUGUAACAACAAAACAGCCACGCAAACUGUAACGGCUGGCCUUUCAUAUUGAUACCUUGUCUUUUGAGAAUCGUUUUGAUAAACAUACACUACUUUCUUGUGCCUUCAACUGUUUUUUUAUUCAUGUAUUUUUUAUGUUUUCCAUGUUUUAGAUCAUUUUCUUUCUGUCAUCUUUUCCCCCCAUUCAGCCGAAGCCUUUUAUGAAGUUUGUGUUGCUGAACGAACUGGAUGGUUAGGAGAAAUGACAUAUUGAAGGUGAUCACCUGCAUGGUCACAUGGUCUUGUGGACGUAAUUGUGUGGCUGCAGAUACUGACUGUUUAAGUCCUGUAACCCAUAAGCUUCAUAUCACUAAUGACUGAGGUCUGC